CUUAGAGAAGAGCAGGGAUAAUCCCUUCUUGGAUCGCUUCCGUCCAGAUCUCAACCACACUGUUUUGAGAUGGUUGGACUAUUGAACCGUUCCCGUGGAUUGGCGGAAGGAGUGGCGGUUAUGAUAUGCCCAGUGCUUCUCGCACUUGCUCUCAACAUAGUUGACCUGAAUGAUGAAGUGUACGGACAUGGAGUCCCCAUUGCCCUGAUUGCCAUGGCAGGCUUUACUUUGAUCACCGGCAUUUGCCCCUUCAUGUUGUGCUGCUUCUUACAGGGGUUCCCGAGAAGUAGCGUGAUCCUGGCAAUCACUUCGUCUGCUUGCCUCGUCAUGCUCGCCUAUUUCAUUGCACACUUCAUUAUCUUCAAAUCCGUUUUUAUCACCCUUGGAGUCCUGUGUGGAAUUUUGCUCAUGCUGCGAACCGUCUGCUACUACUACUACUUGUAUGAUAGCCAAAAUGGCAAUGUUCCAGAAUACACGGCCAUAAUGCAAAGCGUACUGGAUGAAUCACAUGAGUUCUUGACCGGCGUCACUGGAAUUCUUUUUCUGGGGUUCCAAGGUUUGACUCUUGAUGGUGACGUUCGGACAAUAAGUCGCAUGGGUGGGGAACCAAUGGGUUACAUCAGCUUCAUCUUCAUCACUCUAGGUGUGGGAUCAAUGCUCCUCGAGAUGACCCCACCUAAAAGUUUUGGAGAGAGAAAAGUUGUGCGUCUGACUAUCCUCCUUGACUGCUUCAUGGCGGCUGGUAUCUUCAUGCUAUUGUUGGUUACCAUGCGUAAGCACACGCAGCUUGAGAUGGUUGCCCUGUUGGUCUUUGUGCCUCCGAUUAUAAGCUUCAGUUCACUUCUCUUCCUAGUUUUGUUCCCGUUGGAUGGACAAGAUGAUGAAGACCCCAAGCCAGCGUCACUGGAACUGACAAAGGUCACGUUCACCGGAUUCUUGGCCGUGUCGAUAAGAACCAUCAGCAACACUUCGCCGAACAAGUUCACCGGAUUCUUCUUACUAUUAUCCUCCAUGGCUAUUGGGUUUGGACUCUCAUGGAGGCUCCUUUCACAGAACAACACAAAGAGUGGUCUCACUAAUAUUGAUGUUUCACCUGCUCAUGUUGCUUCUGCCGCCAAGAUUGCUUCCAUUUUGACCCACUUUUGUAUUUUAAUCACCACUAUUCUAUUUGUCGCAAUGGCUAGUACUGCCAGCGGUAAAUGAUCGGCGCCAGUUGGCAG